AUGCCUGACCCAUCAGGAAACACGAUCCGGGCCAUGAGUUGGGAGACUCGGUCUGCAGGCAACGAUACAACCAACAACACCAAGAACAGCGAGAACCAUCACGACGACGCCAACACCAAUAAAGAGAGUAGCCGCAACACAAACAAUGCCAACCCCCCCUCCGGCACCAUCACGGGCUCUGCCGGUGGCUACGGUCCAGCACGAGAAGAAACCACCACUUCCAACUCGACCGAUCGGGCCAGAAGUACCGACGCGGCGAGCACCGACAAUUCGUCCGCCGCCUGGUCAUCCACGUCGUCGGCAACAUCAGCAUCGUCCUCGUCCACGCGCGUAUCGGGUAGCAAGCGGCCGUCGACGUCCGGAUCUGCUGUCGAGUCAAGUAGAAAGCGCCUGGCCUAUGCGCCCAGGGCGUGCGAUACAUGUCGGAAGCGCAAGGGCAAAUGCGACGGAUGCCGGCCAUGCGAGUUCUGCCGGAAUCGCGGACAGGAGUGCCUGUACUCCUUGACGCCGAGCGACUGGCAAGGCAUAGUGAGCAAUGCAGAGGCAGCGGCAAGCCAGCGGCAACGCAAGGCACAACCCGCCGCAUCAGUGACAGAUAGCGCCGACAUGAACAGCAUGAGCAACAUGAUGAUGGAACUCCAAGCCAAGGUGGAGAGCUUGACAGCUCUGAUCCAGCAAAGCGGCGUCCAGAUGGGUCCGACUUUUGGCGCAGCCACAGCCCGUCAAGUUCCACCACCGCCUGUGGAACCGGCCUUGAUGCCAUCAAAGGCUCAGGACCAGAGUGCAAGUGCUGCCGCCCAUAGCGCCGUCGUACCCUCGAAGCCGAGUAUGCAGUUUUGUGGUCCCAUGAGUCCCGACUACAGCUUCCACAUGGCGCGUAGCAAGGUCUACAGCCAGAGCUGCCCGCAAAGAGGCCCGCCUAAGCCCAAGCUUGCGAGUAUCGACGAUGAUGAGUCAGACAGCGACGGAGAUACCGACGUCAAUGACAAGGCCUCGGCCUGUUCCCCCGGCGCCACGCGUUUCCCUGCUUCGUGCGCCGGCUCGUCGCGGUCUCGCGCGUCUGCGACAGUCCAGCCGGGCUGCCUUGACCUCCCCCGAUGGAUGACAGUCCAGGAGGCCGUCCGCCUCAUGGGCGUUUACCAGGAAGUGGUCGGUGAGCUACAUCCCAUCAUCGACACGACCGAGCUGGUCAGCAAGGUCAAAGAUCGGUGCGGGUGGCAUGGCUCCGAAGGAGUGAGCAAGCCCGCAAACAGGAGUUGUCAUAUCAGCGAGGACGACAACCUCAUCAUUGUCCUCAUCAUCUGCAUUGCUCUCUGCGCUGAGGAUACGCCUAUGGAAUCGAAGGCAGCCGGAAUCAUCUACGACAAUAUAGCCCAGGCCGUCACCACGAGGUUGGCAUCCCCAGCUACGAGUCUAACCCACGUCGUCCUCGUCUUGACAGCUGCCAUGCUAAGCUUCUACAGAGGCUCUCCAAGAAUGGCUAGGCGUCUGUGUGGCGUCGCAGCCUGCAUGUUUAUGGAACUCGGUCUUCACACCAAGGAGGUAUGCCAGCACGUUCUGCAGUCGGAGCGAGAACAGCGCCUGGCAGCUACCAUCACCUCCACCAUCCUCUUGCUCGACCGACAGUGGUCCGCCACGAAUGGCCUUCCAUCACUGGUCAAAAUGUGCAUGUUCAAGCAAGACUUCCCGACUUCGAUGCAAACUUCAUAUCUCAAAGCCAUGAUGUCGUUUCUCCCACUCAGUGAUAAGGUCAGCGAAACGCUCUCGCGUGCCACGCAUGGCCAACCCUACGAAGACGACGAGGCCUUUGAGUUGCUCAACUUCCAAAUCGAGCAGUGGCGCCGUCGUGUGGUGGGCCAAUACUCGGCCGUCUUCCUACAGGAAGAAAGCUAUGCCUCUUCCUCCACCCUCCCCUCAUGGGCGGUUCUGUGCAGUCUUCGUGCCAACUCCGUCAAAGGAAUGCUACUCCGCCCCUUCUUCUUCUCUAGCACCCGCCGGCCCACCGCCGACCGGAGCAUCAAGCCCGCCUUGGACGUUAUAUCCAACACCGUCAGCACGCUUCUCAUGCUCGACAAGAACUCGGACGUUUACAGAAAACAGCACCCGUACUACCAGCACCUCCUGGCCGGAUCCUGCGCCCUUCUCUCACUCGUCAUCGCAUAUAUGGCGCAAAAUGAAGAGACGACGGCAGCAUGUCCCGCCCGGGAGCCUCCGUGCAUCACGUCGGCUGUUGAGGCAGCUGGUACUGCUUCGCGCCCCGCUAAUCCGGCUGAAUCUCCUACCGGCCGAUAG